GUUCCGGUGUGCGUGUGUCGGAAGCGGGGCUGUCGCCGUUGCUGGGUGAGCGCGCCCGCUGCCCGCCGGGGCCAUGUCGGGGCGGCCGCCGCGGCUGGAGGAUGGGGAGAGCGCGGCGCUGCGCCACAAGGAGGAGCUGAGCCGAAGGAUUAAGGAGCAGAAGGUUGUAGUCGAUGAGCUUUCUAAUUUGAAGAAGAACCGGAAAGUUUAUAAGCAGCAACCCAACAGCAACAUAUUCUUCCUUGCAGACCGGACAGAAAUGCUGUCUCAGUCCAAAAACACAUUAGAUGAAUUAAAGAAGGCACAUCAGGAGCUGGAAAAUUCAGAAAAGGCUAAAAUCAAGAAGUAGUUGAUGUGAAUUCCCCGU